GGACCAGACCAACGUGUACAAGAACGCCAGGCAACGCAAGGCCCAGGCGUUCAAAGAUUUCGGCAAGCGGACGUGCGUGACGCUCGUCAAUGACGAGGAGCAGCUGGCACAGAGGACACACUCUGGACGGACAAGCGGGAGCGUGAGGAGGGCAAGUACGUCCCCGUCCAGGCGGUCAAUCAGAUGAGGGCCAACUUCGUGUGCCCGGAGCUGGAGGACGGCUUCACGGAGCUGGAGUGGCCAGAGCUGCCAGAAACAGAGGCCAGAAAGCGGAUCACCGAGAUCAGGGAAGGCGGCACCGACUGGAGGGCACGCAACCCCGGGCAGAAAGGCCAGCAGCCCAAGUCGCGCCUGGAGAACAGGGAUGUGACCGCCAUCGGCAAGGGGGCGCAGAAGGGCGCGCGGGAAGAGAUCAAGGAUCCUGGCCAGUCGCCGUCGGUGUUCGGGAGGGCGAUGGGCGGGCCUGCACCAGCACCCGACGACCGCUCGCGCACGCCCCCUCCCGCCGCGAGGACCCAGCGCCAGCGGCUCCAACGGCGCAGCUGGCGCCAGCGGCGCGGCUGGAGGUGCGAGCAGGAACGACAUGGGGCUGGGGCAGAGGCAGAGGUGGCGGCGGCGGCGCGGCAGGUGGGGCUGCCGGCGGUGCGGCGGGCGCCGGCGCCCCCAAGGCGCCCGAGGCGGGGCACUGAGAGGGCCUUCCUGCCGCCUGGCGGCCGCGCCGGCCAAGGUGUGGCGGGCGCGCGCGCGCGCCAUAGGGCCCUAUAUUCUUGUGCUUCCCCGAUGGCGGGCGGGCAGCAGGGUCGCCCGCUGGUUUGGAGCGGGAGGAGUGGGGAUGGCUCCGCUGACACGCCCAUGGCAUUCACGAUCACGAGUCCUUUGCCCGGGUUUAUGCUUGCUCAUGGAACGGCUCAGGUACAGUGCCUGUUUGUGCAAGUAGCGAUUCGGUGGGCCUAGUGUGGACACUUCUCAUUCGAGAAGUCUGACACUUGUGCACGUCAGGAAA